AAUCUGCGGGUGUGUGGCUAGCGGAAGCCUAUAUCUUAUGAAUGGGGAUUGAUACACUCCAGGCCAGCGGUAAUGUAAGCACAGUGGCUCUCCAUAGAGGACAAUAGGGGAUCAGCUACCCCCUCCUCCUAUACAGUGCCAGUUUACUUUACAUCGGAGGGGAUCGGGAUGGACCAACACUAAGGGUCUCCGUGCUGAAUGGGAUCGCCACCUUCACAGACGGAAUUUCUGAACAGUGGAAACAUUACCCGGACAUUACAAUGAAGAAGAGUCAGAGUGUGAUGACGGUGACGGCUGAGGAGAACGCCAAAGAUUUGUCCGAUUGUUACCUGAGCAAGUCUUACAGCUCCUACGGUUAUAGCAUUGGAAUAGACUUAUGGAAGGGGAAACGCUUUUGUUCUGGGACAUUACAGCUACCCCCUCUGCACCAGAGACAAGUCCGGAGGGCAAAGACCCCAGAUUACAUCCACCGGCCCACCACCUUACCCCUGAUUCCACUACCGAGGAUCGCGGUAACGCCGGUGGAGAGGGACAGUUUUGAUGUCGAAAAUGGCCCAGCCGCAGGACGUAGCCCCUUGGACCACCAGACCAGCCCGGGCUCAGGACUCGUUCUUCAUACAAACUUCCCAAGUCACAACCAGCGCCGGGAAUCCUUCCUCUACCGCUCGGACAGCGACUAUGACUUAUCACCAAAGACGAUGUCCAGGAACUCGUCCGCCGCCAGUGAGCAACACGGCGAUGACUUGAUUGUGACUCCAUUCGCUCAGGUGCUGGCCAGUCUGCGCAGCGUCAGGAAUAAUUUUACCUUAUUAACCAAUCUUCAAGGAGCGCCAAACAAGAGAUCUCCAAUGUCCAACCAUCCCCAAAUCUCCAGGGUUAAUAUACAAGAGGAUUCCUACCAGAAACUCGCCAUGGACACCCUGGAGGAGCUGGACUGGUGCUUGGACCAACUGGAGACCAUUCAGACGUACAGGUCGGUCAGCGAGAUGGCAUCGAAUAAGUUCAAGAGGAUGUUGAAUCGGGAGCUCACCCACCUCUCCGAGAUGAGCCGUUCCGGCAACCAGGUGUCUGAGUAUAUCUCCAGCACGUUCCUCGACAAACAAAAUGAUGUGGAGAUCCCAUCCCCAACACAGAAAGAAAGAGAGAAGAAGAAGCGGCACCAGCUCAUGACGCAGAUCAGCGGUGUUAAGAAGCUCAUGCACAGCUCCAGCCUGAACAAUACCAGCAUGUCCCGAUUCGGCGUCAAGACUGAGAACGAAGAUCUGCUGUCUAAGGAAUUGGAAGACCUUAAUAAAUGGGGAUUGAACAUCUUCAAGGUGGCGGCGUUCUCCUGCCAUAGGCCACUGACCUGCAUCAUGUACGCUAUAUUCCAGGAGAGGGAUCUGCUAAAGACAUUCAAAAUUCCCACGGACACGCUGAUCACCUACACCAUGACACUGGAGGAUCACUAUCACUCGGACGUCGCCUAUCACAACAGCCUCCAUGCAGCCGAUGUUACGCAGUCCACCCAUGUGCUGCUGUCUACCCCUGCUCUAGACGCCGUCUUCACCGACUUGGAAAUCUUAGCUGCGAUAUUUGCAGCUGCGAUCCAUGACGUAGACCACCCUGGAGUCUCCAAUCAGUUUCUUAUCAAUACAAAUUCUGAACUUGCACUGAUGUACAAUGAUGAGUCUGUGUUGGAGAAUCACCAUCUGGCGGUCGGGUUUAAGCUCCUACAGGAAGAACAUUGCGACAUCUUUCAGAACCUAUCCAAGAAGCAGAGGCAGUCCCUCAGGAAAAUGGUGAUAGACAUGGUCCUUGCAACAGACAUGUCUAAGCACAUGAGCCUGCUGGCCGACCUGAAGACAAUGGUGGAAACCAAGAAAGUGACCAGCUCCGGUGUUCUUCUCCUGGACAACUACACUGAUCGCAUACAGGUUCUCAGGAAUAUGGUGCAUUGUGCUGACUUAAGCAAUCCAACGAAAUCUCUGGAACUGUACCGGCAAUGGACUGACAGGAUAAUGGAAGAGUUCUUCCAGCAAGGAGACAAGGAACGAGAGCGAGGCAUGGAGAUCAGCCCCAUGUGUGACAAGCAUACGGCGUCUGUGGAGAAAUCACAGGUUGGGUUCAUUGACUACAUCGUUCAUCCAUUGUGGGAAACGUGGGCAGAUUUGGUGCAGCCUGAUGCUCAGGAUAUUUUGGAUACUUUGGAGGACAAUAGGAACUGGUACCAAAGCAUGAUACCUCAAAGUCCUUCUCCUCUUCUGGACGAGCAGGAUAAGGACUGUCCCGGAGUAUCGGAGAAAUUUCAUUUCGAGCUUACCCUCGAGGAAGAAGACUCCGAAAGUCACGAUAAAGAAGGGGACUGUAUCAGUUAUUACAGCAGCACCAAGACACUCCAUAUCGUGGAUCCGGGAAUCGAGGACUCUCCCGAGGGCGACGCAGAAAUACUGACAGACGAUACGUCACCUCUGGACACAUAGGUCGUGUUCCGGGAGAGAACUCCGAGAGGGGAGAACACGUGCAAAGCUGUCUUGUUUUGACAAGCAUGUCAUCUCGAUCUUGGGCCUUGGUUUAGCCUGGCUAAAAGAUCUUUCCUGCUGCUCGUCAGUGAAGAUGUGGUUACGGAUGCUGAAGUGAAAGCUAGCUCAGGAAACUUACAGAUGAUGGACGUUCUUAUCAUUCGGCAUCGUUUCCGAGGUGGAAGAACGAAAGAGGGGGAAAAAAAAAACAACAACGCGUAAUGUUGUGUUGCGCGAACGGCUCGAAAAAGAAAAAAAAAAAAACUUUAUAGAAAACAAAUGACACAAAACUGAGAAAAUUUUGUUCUUUUUUUUUUGCUUUAAAAAAAAACUUGAUAGAUACUAGAAAUUAUAAAUUGGUAGGUCUAUGUCGAAAAAUACCCUGUCCGACUGUCUGAGGACGUGUGUGCCUUUUUUGUAAAACUUCCAUUGUCUCUGAAAUGCCUAUUUGGUUACACGGUAUCUAGUGUAAGCAGAACAAAGAAUAAUGUGUAUAUUCCGAUCCUCUUUUAUUCCUGAAAGAAAGCAGUCUUCCUUUUAAUCGUGGGCAAUAUUCGUGAACUCUUUCGCAGUUGUACCUAAUCGCACAGAGAGAUUGUGUCUCUGGUCAUUUUUUAUUAUUUUAUUUUUGUGUUUUUUGUUGUUGUUUCCUCCGUGCACCUGAAGUCAUUUCAUCGAUUCCUCGUUCUGUGUUGGGAUUUUUUAUUUUAUUUUUUUUAAUGUCGGGUUCUAUAGAAUCGAACUAUUCUGCACAAUAUAAUAAGAGGUAGCCGUUUUCGUUUAGUUUUUAGAAUCAUGUGCGUUCACUACAAUUGAGGACUUAUGUAUCGGAAGGCAGUGUGUAACGUGAUGCGUGUUUGAGACCAAGUUCUGCAUGAUCCCACUCUUUUAUUUUUUUUAUUUAAUAUAUAUUUUUUCCCUUCUUCCUCCAUUGGCGACACCAUCUUUUUAUUGCACUGCCUAACACAUACUUUACUGUUUAUAACAGUGUAUUUAUUAUCGAUUAUGUAAAUAAUGUACCGUUUUGUAAGUUAUUAAUUUAUAUAAAUUGACAUUGCCUGUCAUUGGUGGUGUUGAUUGUGUAGAAAACUCUAGAUGAGAGUUGCAUUUUUCUUGUAAUAUUUUAUUUUAUUUUUUAAAUUAGAGUGCCAGCCUGAACAUUGACAAACACCCCCCCCCCCCCCCCCCGAAAAAAAAAUACCAGACCCAUGGUAGGCCAGUUCCAAAAGGGACGUAGAAUUCUAAUUGAUAUCUUGGUACCGAACGUGAAACAGACUUUAAAAAAAAAUAAAAAAAAAAAUAUAUAUAUAUAUAUAUAUAUAUAUAUAUACAUAUAUAUAUAUUUGUCCCCCAAUCCCUCCAAACUUGUAUUACUCUGAAAUUUGUGGUCCUUUCUGUAUUUGUUAUUAUUAUAAUAACUACUUAUUUUGAUGUACAGCUUUUUGUAAUAAAAAUAAAAAAUGUUUAAAAAAAAAAAAAACUCAAAAAAAUGUCACGCAUCCUGAGGGGGGAAAAAAUAUCUAUCUUAUCUCGGCUUGUCUAUAAUGUUUUUUUUUUUUUUUUGGGAAGUUUUCGGUUUUGACUACCCCGUAUCUGGGGUAGGCGCACUGACUUGUGCAUGAACAAUGGGUCUGUAUGUCUGUUGACACUGCAUUGUUCCAGGUGUAGAUUUAUUUUAAUUUUAUUUUGACAAGAGUUUCACACAAGGUAUGUUAAAGUAUUGUACAAUUGUGCUACGAUGCAUUCUUAAGAUUAUUUUUUUUAUAUAUCUAUAUAUAAAGUAAAUAAAUGAGAAGCAUGAGAA